AAAGACUACAUCAACAGCCAGGUUUUGCCAUCACUGCAAGGGAAAGAAGAUGAAGCUUUGUUGGAAGAGACAGAGAAAAGAUGGUCAAAUCACAAAGUUAUGACCAGAUAGCUCGCUAGAUUCUUUCACUAUUUGGAUAGAUACUUUGUUCCUAAAAUGAAGCUUCCUAAUCUCCAAGAAUCUGCUCUUUUAACUUUCUAUAAUCUGAUUGAUCGGGAGCGGGAAGGAGAAGGCAUUGAUCAAGACUUGGUGAAGUACAUUGUGAGUAUCUAUGUAGAUGUUGGGCAAGGCUCGAUGAAAUACUAUGAACGAGGCUUUGAAGAAGCCAUGUUUGAAGCUACUGCUGCAUUUUAUUCCACCAAGGCCCCUAGCUGGAUCAAAAAUGAAUCUUACAACGAUUACAUGCUUAAGGUGUAGUCGCGGACAUGAUUUCGGACGAAUUUAAAAUUUUAAAUCCCUGUUUCCCAUCCAGAACUGAUCAAUCUUCUGCAUUUUUAUGUUGAAAAUUUAGCUUGAAAGU